AUGCCGGCGCCAGGAGCCCCUUCGUGGAUGCCGUGUGGCGCGGUCGGCAGAGCGGCCUCGGCCAAGGCCGGCCUGCUGCUCUGGAUGGGGCUUAUUGGGGUCUGCCUGGCCGCCAGUCAGGCUCAGCAGCACCCCGUGGUCACCACCAAUUAUGGGAAAUUGCGGGGCGUGAAGGUGACGUUACCCAACGAGAUUCUGGGGCCAGUGGAACAGUACUUGGGGAUCCCGUACGCGUUGGCGCCCACCGGGGAGAGGCGUUUCCAGCCGCCUGAACCGCCCAUGUCCUGGCCGGGCAUCCGGAACGCUACUCAGUUCGCCCCGGUUUGUCCUCAGUUCUUAGAGGACCGGUUUUUACUCAAUGAUAUGCUCCCUGUUUGGUUCACAGCCAACUUGGAUACAGUGGUAACUUAUGUGCAGGAGCAGAACGAGGACUGCCUUUACCUAAACAUCUACGUCCCCACAGAGGAUGGGGCCAACUCAAACAGGCAAGGCGCAGAUUUCCACAGUAAUGAUGGUGACAACAUCCAUGAUGAAAACGGGUUAAAACCGGUCAUGGUGUACAUCCAUGGAGGGUCCUACAUGGAGGGGACCGGGAACAUGAUUGACGGCAGCAUCCUUGCAAGCUAUGGAAAUGUCAUCGUGAUCACAAUCAACUACCGGCUUGGAGUUCUAGGGUUUCUAAGCACAGGAGACCAGGCGGCCAAGGGGAACUAUGGACUGCUGGAUCAAAUUCAGGCUCUCCGAUGGAUCAAAGAGAAUAUUCAGGCCUUCAAAGGCGACCCGAAGAGAGUGACCAUUUUUGGCUCUGGCGCCGGGGCGUCAUGCGUGAGCCUGCUAACCCUCUCGCACUACUCAGAAGAUCUGUUCCAGAAAGCCAUCAUCCAGAGUGGUACAGCGCUCUCCAGCUGGGCAGUCAACUACCAGCCGGCCAAGUACACGCGUGCGCUGGCGGAGAAGGUGGGCUGCAACAUGCUGGACACCAUCGACUUGGUGGAGUGCCUGCAGAACAAGAACUACAAGGAGCUGAUCGAGCAGUACAUCACCCCCGCCAAGUACCACAUAGCUUUCGGACCCGUCAUCGACGGCGACGUCAUCCCCGACGACCCCCAGAUCCUCAUGGAGCAAGGGGAGUUUCUCAACUACGACAUCAUGCUUGGGGUCAAUCAGGGCGAAGGCUUCAAGUUCGUGGACGGCAUCGUGGACAGCGAGGACGGCGUGUCGGCCAACGACUUCGACUUCGCCGUGUCGGAUUUUGUGGACCACCUGUACGGCUACCCGGAGGGCAAGGACACACUGCGUGAGACCAUCAAGUUCAUGUACACGGACUGGGCAGACAAGGAGAACCCAGAGACUCGGCGCAAGACCCUGGUGGCUCUGUUCACUGACCACCAGUGGGUGGCGCCAGCGGUGGCCACAGCCGACCUCCAUGCCCAGUACGGGUCGCCCACCUACUUCUAUGCUUUCUACCACCACUGCCAGAGCGACAUGAAGCCCAGUUGGGCCGACUCGGCACACGGGGACGAGGUGCCGUAUGUGUUUGGCAUCCCCAUGAUCGGCCCCACAGACCUCUUCAACUGCAACUUCUCCAAGAAUGACGUCAUGCUGAGUGCCGUCGUGAUGACCUACUGGACUAACUUCGCAAAAACAGGAGACCCAAACCAGCCAGUCCCGCAGGAUACGAAGUUCAUCCAUACAAAGCCCAAUCGUUUUGAGGAGGUGGCGUGGACCAAGUACAACCCCAAAGACCAGCUGUAUCUGCACAUUGGUCUGAAGCCGCGGGUCCGAGACCACUACCGCGCCACCAAGGUCGCCUUCUGGCUGGAGCUUGUCCCGCACCUGCACAACAUCAAUGAGCUCUUCCAGUACGUGUCCACCACCACCAAGAUACCGCCACAGGACACCACCCCCUAUCCCUACACCAAACGCUUCCCCGGGAAGAACAACUGGCCCUCCACCACCCGCCACCCUGGCGUCCCCCCGGCCAACCCCAAGCAGACCACCGACCAGCGCAAGAGCGGCGACCUGACCGACGAGUCGGCAGUGGUGAUUGAGACCAAGCGGGACUACUCCACCGAGCUCAGUGUCACCAUCGCCGUGGGCGCCUCCCUGCUCUUCUUGAACAUCCUGGCUUUCGCCGCCCUCUAUUACAAGAAGGACAAGCGGAGGCACGAGUCCAACCGGCGCGUGCCCACGCCGCAGCGCAACUCGGCACCUGCCAACACGCCCUCCGCCGCAAACGACGUGGCCCACCUGCAGAGCGAGGAGCUGAUGUCACUGCAGAUGAAGCAGCAGCAGCUGGAGCACGAGCACCACCACGAGUGCGAGUCGCUGCAGGCGCACGACACGCUGCGCCUCACCUGCCCACCCGACUACACUCUCACCCUGCGCCGGUCGCCCGAUGACAUCCCCCUGAUGACGCCAAGCACCAUCACUAUGAUCCCCAACUCCCUGGCUGGCAUGCAGCCUCUGCACAACUUCAAUACCUUUGGCGGGAGCCAGAACAGUACCAAUCUGCCCCAUGGCCACUCCACCACCAGGGUAUAG